AUGGGCGCGGCAAACACUUUGACACAGGAGCAGAUCACUAAAUAUAAAGGUGUUUUCGAGAUGUUUGAUGAGGAAGAAAAUGGAACAGUGAAGACACAGGGGCUGGAGCGACUGAUGACCUUAAAGGGAAUCAACCCUACCAAAGAGCUUCACAUGGCCAAAGAUGUGGACAAAGCUGGAAAAGGUACCUUUAACCGUAGCUUCCUGGGUCUAAUGGCAUUAGCCCAUGAAAGAGCAAAGGGCCAAGAUGCAGAGCUGCGAGCUGCUUUCAACGUGUUUGACAAAGAGGCCAAGGGAUAUAUCGAGUGGAAUACACUGAAGUAAUAUGUGUUGAUGAAUGCAUCAGAACCACUGAAUGAGUUAGAGGCAGCGCAGAUGAUGGAGCCAGAUAAAGAUUGAGACGGAACCAUCGACUAUGAAGCCAGAUGGACGGCUCAGAGAGCCAACGCCAGCUGUUUCUUUCACCCCAGCCAACCUAUCACAGGAGGGAUGGGGGAGGGAGCUUUGGAUCACAGGGCUCUGGUUGCAGCAUCCCUGGAGCGGCUACUGUUAUCUGAAACACAAGGGCCAGGAUAG